CAUCUCCAAGCACGUAUGAAGGAACCGCGAUGCAAUCCUCACCUCGACACUAGCGCACAAAUCCCGCCAGUGCCGUACGUGAAUGCGCUUACUGGGAAGGUCAUGGCAAAAAUCCCUACCGAAGGGAUCAAUCGUAUAUCGCGAAUGAAGCUGCGCCAAUUUCUCACGAAUGGCGAAAACUUGAAUAUACAGGCAUGUUUGGAUCAUACAUAUUUUGAACGGUAGGUUGACGCGAACCAGUUUGGCAAAGUUGUCGAAAAUGUCAGCGUGGAUGGCGACACUGUGACUGCAACCUUCCGGGACGGCAGUAGCGAGACAGCCAACAUGGUCAUUGGAUGUGAUGGUUCGCAUUCUAGGGUGCGUGAGUUUCUUGUUGGUCAUGAAGCUGCUCAGCUGCAAUUCGUCGACCUCACCAUGAUAAAUUUUCCACGCGGGGGAUACACAGCCGAUGAGGCGCGACUUCUGCAGACAAUGCAUCCAGUGUUCAAAAUAGCGGCGCAUCCUCACAGGCCGGGAAAUGGCAUAUUGGCUGCCCUUGAUAUCCCCGACCCAAACGACCCGACAACAUGGAAGUUCCAAAACUACAUUGGCUGGUGGGGACCUCCAUACGCCAAAGAUCUCCAAAAUCCAGAGACGCGUAUGGAAUUCUAUCGCUUAUGGGUAUCGUCAUUCUGCGAGCCUUUCCGCACCGCCGGACUCAAGCUUACGGAGGACGAAGUCCUGCCUGUGUAUCCAGGCCAACAAUGGGCGCCUGAUAUGACGUGGGAUAAUCAUGGCGGGAAAGUAACUCUUGCCGGAGAUGCGGCGCAUUCGAUGCUUCCUCAACGCGGCCAGGGCCUCAACAACGCAAUCAAAGACGCCUCAGAUCUCGUCGACGCCAUCAAAGCUGUUCUUGCGGGACAGAAAAGCCUAGGACAUGCGAUCGCAGAAUACGAAGCUGAGAUGAAGCCAAGGGGAGCCAAGGAAGUCGCUCUCAGCCUAGAACAGGCGCUUAAGGCGAAGGACAUGAGUACGCUCAAGGAUAGUCCAAUUUUCAAGGUGGGAUGGAAGAGGGGCGGGGAAAAUGUGGCGUAGUCUGCUGUUGGAGAUCGUUGGUACUGGAGGACGAAUUGCGACGU